GUCAAUCACGUAGCUGGUAGGGUGAUGUCAGCGUCUCAGCACCAAAAAAAAAAAAGAGGCAUUACAGCGAAGUGUUUGAGUAAUACACGGGAGGAGAUAUAUUCAAUAAAAGACAGCUUCCUUUUCUUCAACACUCUGCUGUCACAAUUGUGAACUACAGCUUUCUUCCGCCAUGGACAGCGAUGAGGAAAAUGUGGAAGAAAUUGUGGAAGGGCCUCUUGAUGAAGACGACCAGCCUCAUGGGUUUUGUACCAUCACUUACUCCUCGAGUGACCGUUUUGAAGGACACUUUGUUCAUGGGGAGAAGAAUGGCAGAGGCAAGUUCUAUUUUUUUGAUGGAAGCACCUUAGAGGGCUUCUAUGUGGAUGAUGCGCUCCAGGGACAGGGUGUGUAUACCUAUGAGGAUGGAGGCGUUCUUCAUGGCACGUAUGUGGAUGGAGAGCUGAAUGGACCAGCUCAUGAAUAUGACUCUGAUGGCCGCCUAAUCUUCAAGGGCCAGUACAAGGAUAACAACCGGUGUGGAGUGUGCUGGAUCUACUAUCCUGAUGGAGGCAGUUUGGUGGGCGAGGUGAACGAGGAAGGGGAGAUGACAGGCAACAAGGUGGCGUAUGUUUACCCCGAUGGCAGGACUGCGCUGUACGGCAAGUUCAUCGAAGGAGAGCUCAUAGAGGCUCGACUGGCCGCUCUCUCUGCUGAGGAGAAUGGACGGCCCCAUUUUGAGAUACAGCCUGACAGCCCAGUUUACACUUAUGACAAAGCCACCUCCUCCUGCAUUGCUGUUAAUGGCCUGCUGCCUGACCCUUAUGAAAGGGAGAGGGUGUAUGUUGCGGAUUCUUUAAUCUCAGGGGCUGGGGAAGGAUUGUUUGCUAAAACAGAAGCCGAGCCCAACACAGUCAUGGCUUUUUACAAUGGAGUUCGCAUUACACACCAAGAGGUGGACAGCAGAGACUGGUCCCUCAAUGGGAACACAAUAUCUCUCGAUGAAGACACAGUGAUAGAUGUCCCUGAGCCAUACAACAAUAUAAAGAAGUACUGUGCAUCACUGGGGCACAAAGCCAACCACUCCUUCACUCCCAACUGCAAAUAUGACCCGUUCGUUCACCCCCGAUUCGGCCCCAUCAAAUGUAUCCGCACUCUCCGGGCCGUGGAGGGGGACGAGGAGCUGACGGUUGCCUACGGAUACGACCACACACCCUCAGGAAAGAGUGGGCCUGAGGCUCCGGACUGGUACAAGCAGGAGCUGCAGGCUUUCCAGGCGUCGCCUUAGUGAGGGCCGCUCAGCAGCACUGCAUCAGGGACUAACCGCAGAGAACAUAGAACAAAUAACAACAAGGAGCUAUGCACUACAGUUCUGUAGAAAACUGAAGAACCAGGGAUUCGAACUGGCUAGAACUCCGUAUCCGUUUAGCUAACAUUUAGUGUAGAGGCCAGAAUUAAUUUAUCACAUUUAAUCACUGAGCGUAAAAGCAUUAGCUAUGCUUCUCCUUUUCCUCUAUACAUGCAUGCAUAGUACAUUCACAAUAAUACUGUACAGUGACUUUCGUUGACUGUAGUGUUAUUGAAAUGUUUGCAAUUGCUGAAAUUUGAUGAUUCCUUAAUCCAAGUCUUAGAAGAAAUGUUUUUUUUCCUGUUUCUGAUCCUUUAGAAAUGAUGUAGUGACACAUAAUUAUUAUUCCUUUAACAAUGACUGAUGGGUAUUCCUGUCACUCCCCACGUGAAGUUACACAGUGACUUUACUUUGCCACACCUUGUCUGAUUCAGAUGUAAACUGUGCUUGUAAAAAGUAUUUUCAGGAAUUCCACGUGAGCCCACAUGGUUUUGAAAAGGGCAUUGAUUAUUCUCUGCAGUUGGUGUGUAUAGUAUGUGGACAUGGAACUGUGAUGGUCAGCUAAAGUGACGCAUUGGUCCUUAAAAUCUAAAUAAAACAACCCUGCUAAAAAUGACAUAAACAAUACAUCCUAGGUGAAAAUAUACAGUAGGUUUGUUUCCCAUUCAUUUUUAUCAUUAUUGAUCUACAGUAACUCAAGUUUUGUUUGAGCAAAUCAUUUAAAACUUUUAUGUGAGAUUUCAAUCAGUUUCUAGUUCAUUUUCUUGGAAAUUAAACCAAGUAAUACGUUUUUGUUACUUUUUUUGUUUGUCUUAAUUUCAAAUGAAUUCAUAUACUAAUUAUGUUUAGGCAUUCACUGUUAGGGGUUAUUGGAUAUUCUUGUCUUUGGGUAAGCGAAACAUUCUGAAUAAUCUGAUAAGAGUGUUGUCACAUGCUGUAUCCAUUAUAAUGAGCAGUUAAUUCAAUAUCAUUUUUAUUUAAAAGCAUAAAGAAAGUUAAGAAUAUUCCCAAUAUGUGUGAAAAUAAAUUGUUUUUAACAUUUACUAACUUUUUAAAAGCACAUUAAAUUCUGAAAUCAUACUGUUACUGUGGUGUGUUUGAGUGAGGCUCACAAUGCACUACAAUCACAAUAGCAAACAAGUAAAAUGUACCAAAUCAUAUAUCAUUUCAGAUUCACUUAACUGUACAUAAGCACCUAUAUUGAUAUUUGGACAAAUAUGGUGUUUGAACAAAUACUGUACUUGAGCACUAAGAUCAAGUAUGAUGUUUAUGAUCAUAUUUGUGCAAUGACUAUUUAAUUUGCUUGUCCACCGCAGAAAAUGUAAAACUGCACUCAGUAUGCUGGAGGAUUAAUCAGUAAUUGUACCAAUUUUCUGACAGCCUAAAUUCUUAAUUUUAACUUAAUACUUCAAUCUUUUAUUUUGAUUCCCCAAUUGAAUGUAAAGUGUGUUGUUCCUGGGUGAAUAUUUAAUAUCUGGUAAAAUGUAACAUUUGGAUUAUCUUUCCUGAUCUAAAUUGAUAAUGUUUUUGUUACAGCCAAAUGCAAACCCUCAGAUAUCUAAGUUCAGGUACACUAAGAAAAAUAACCCAGGUUACCACCACUAACUACAGUCUUAGUGACAUUGGGUCCACAGAUUUGCUUGUUGUUAAUUAAUGUUUGAUGUCUCAUGCAAAAUUGAAUAAAAAACACAACAAAAAAUAUGUAUGGGCUCACAAUUUGAAGAAGUUUUUUGAAGCAUUGUAUAAUCUUGGCCAUGACUUAGAUAGUUCACCUUUACAGUAUAUCUUAGAUAUUUGAAGUAACUUUUGAGCAUGUUUGAAAUGCUGAAUUCCACUUUGUCCUUACAGACAUAUAACCUUUGAGUCUGGAAGCUUAAUUAACCAGGAUAAAAUCAGGAAAGAUGCCUCGUUCCUCUAGCUGCACAGGUUUCAAAUCCUCCAGCAUACAGUAGGUGGAGUGGUCAAUGUGUUUUCUAAUGUACUUCUCCUCUCUUGGGAUGUGAACAUACCAUACCCUUCUCUUCAGCACAAGUUAUCUUCUUUCUAUUCUGUAAAUAGAUAUCAGUAAAUUUUUGGCCCUAACAUUUGUAAGUAUCACCUGCACCUUAGCCACUUCUAAAAGGAAAGUCUAGCUACAAUGGGUCCCCCGCAAUCAGGGUUGCAAUGAAUUUAAAACAAAAUUAGGUUUUAUGAAUGGUCAUCAAAGUGUAAUUUCAUUCAAAUGUGUUGCUGAUGGCACUUUGCCAUGUCAGUUAUUUAUGCAGAGCUGUGUGUUUCAUGUUUAAAAUCUUCAUGCUUAAAUGCAUGGGACUUAAUGGGCUUCUAUUUUGUUUUUGUAUUGUAAGCAGAAGUACUUCUAGUAAUUUACCCUUGUACUUUGAGUUUAUUUACAAUUUGAGUAAGUCAUCCAUCUGAAAAUUUGUUUUCCUUUCUUUUCAAGACCCACUUAUUCAUGCUAAUCAUUGUAUGUUUUUUGGAAACUGACUUCACAAUAAUGGAUUUCAUUAGAAUAGAUACUUUUAAAAAUAUAAACUGUGUAACACUUUAUUAUAGCAAUAUCUUCAUCACUAAGAUAGCUGCUUGCUUUUAGAAACAUUAUCUACAAAGAAAAACAUUUAAGUGACACAUUUUUCUCUUUACAUCUGCCAUAAUCUAGAAUAUUCUUGAAGUAAUGUCCAGGGCCUGAUUAAUUGCUAAAUUGGUUUUAAACCAAUAUAUAAAUUAAAAUGUUUAUUUUAAAGAGAUAAUUUCAGUCACCAUUUACUACAUUAUAAAUUUUCAGUUAUUGUUUGUACUGUAUGUCUCUUUAUUAUUAAACAAAGUGACUACAACGCAUAACCUUAUUAUACAUAUAAGGAAUAUAAUUAAUUUUACAGUAAGCAAUGUGUUUCAACUGUUCAUUUUGCAGGUUAAUUGUAAUCUGUCAAAUGAACAGGAAAUAAUUAAGCAGUGUGAAUAACUAAAACGUCAGUUGACCCUGAGACCACUUUUCAUUUUAUUAUAAAGUCUUAGUAUUAACAAAGCAAGCUAGAAAUACUUUUGCAUUUAUUUACCUUUGUGAAAGCAAAAUGAAGAGUGAAAGAUUUUUUUUCCAUUCCUUACACACAUAAUACGUUUGUAGGCAUGUGAUACUAACACAAAAGUACUGUACAAGAAAGUGACAAUGUGUAUCAGAUGACUGUGAUUUACAAAUGGCACAGGUGGGAAAUCUGAAAUGCAAUACAGUAAACUUUCAUCUUUUACAGCUUUGACAUAGUAUUUGCGGACUCCGGGAAAACCAGUAAACCCUUUAGGAGUUAGAAGAAACUUAAUAUUUCAUACCAGCUUUUCUUGGAUUGAACCUAAAGAUGCCAAAUUAAGAGUAUGUCGAAAUGUAUGAAGUUGCAUAAUAGUAACCAACCUUAUAAGAACAUAGAAACUUCUCGUUGUCGUGCUAAAGCAGUGAAACAAGUGUAUUGUCUUUCACACAAGGGAGAACAAAGCUAGCCUGUUUAAGUCAACAGUUUUAUUUUGUAAAAGCCAUAACAUUUCAUACUGGGAGUAAAACACAGUGAAACAUUAGAAUAGAGUCAUUAGGUAAAGAACUGCCUUUCGUAAGAAAGCGCUCAAGAUCCUUUGGGAUAAGUAGCGCUAUGAAAACUGCAAGGAAUUAUUCUGUCAGGCAUUGAUUCUGACAGUGCAGAUGAGACACCUGCUAUUCACCUGGUGAGUUGUGAUUCAGCUGCCUCUGAUGGUGUUAGACUUCAGUGGAACUGAGGGAUCCCUUUAGCUCCAGUCCCAUCCCUGCUGUCUUUAGUAGGAAUCCCAGGUAUCUCCAGGGAAUGGUUUAUUACCAUAUUUUUCAGGCAUUCAUAGCCUUAGAUCUGUGGAUUAUUUUCUGCAUAUGAUCAAAUGAGCAGGUGAGCCACUGUGGCGAAUGUUUACAAGAACCUGUUUGCAGAGUGUUUGUGCGUAAAAGUGUGUUGAAUGUAGAUUUUUUUAGCUGUGUGUAGGAAUGCAUAUAAGAAAAAAUGAGGAAAAAUGUGAAAAUGGCAACGGCGAGCCUUUGUAAUUAUACUGACGUCUGGGAGGCCUCUCUUGUACUGUAAACCAAGAAAUAAUAAAAGUAUAUAUACAAGCAUCA